AUGACAGAUACAGAUCGAUCGCAACCAUUGAAUGUACCACGUGGUGGACGUUCCGCACGAUAUCGAACGCAUAGUUCAGGCAGUUUAUCAUCUUCGUUUGGUUCACCUUCGGGUUUGACAAAUAUAAACAACAGCAAUGGUGGGAUCCCGAUGGCACACAAUAAAAAAUCAGGCGUAGGAUCGAGUGGAAACAGUAAUAUUGGGUCACUUUCCACGACAAUGGGUAGUGGAAGUACGGGCGGUACUUUGCCACAAUUCGAUGAAAAGCAUGCAGCAGCUGGAAAUAUCUUUGAACAUCGUCAAGAUUGGUCAAUACUCAAUCGUUUGCCUUUACAUAAAAGAAAUGCUAUACAUAUUCGUCUUGAAGACGAAGGUCCCUAUGGAAAUGAUGAAACGCGUUGUUUUGUUUUAUCUCAAUUAUCGAUGGUGGGUUGUACAGACGUCGCAUGUACUGUUUGCGGUCAAUCAAUGGUUGUUUAUGAUCGUUAUCCUCUUGUUGAUGGGACACUUUUCCUCAGUCCUAUUAAACACAGUGAUAAUGGGAAAGUCUCUGUUGCUGUUUAUCAUAACGAUCGACAGCUGUAUCUACAUGGCAUAUGUCUCGAGUGCCUAUCAAUGCGUUCAUUACAUGUACUUUGUCGUCUAUGUAAGACGAAAUUCAAUUUUGAUCCAAUUAUAUUCGGUACACUCUAUUAUUAUGAUCUGUUUGCGGCAUUUCCAUGCUGUCAAGCGCGUUUAUCCUGUUCGAAGUGUUUUCAACCAAUUGUUUCGAUAAAAGAUGGCUUAAUCAAUUUCAGUAACUACUCAUCAGAAUUCGAAUGCGGACAUUGUGGAAUGAAGAGUCACCAUUUUUCUAAUAAAACAAAGCCAAUUUGGUUAUGUGCCAAGAUUGUUAUCAAUAUUGAUUUCGACGAUAUUCACCAUAAAAAUUACCUUCUUCACUCAUAG